AUGUCUCUAGCCGCCUGUGAAUACCUCGACAAUAUAAUUUUGCUUUGCGAUUCCUACAAAACAAUCCUGGUACAAGUAUGGUACCCCAUAACUGUUGCCACAAACUCCCGCGCGAUGAAACAACUGAUCGCGGAAUAUCUUAUGUCCACCUGUGGGAGCCUCGAAGAUCUCGGAUUCAAGCUGCAUGAUUUCGGGUUCCGAGGUGUUUCUUCGAUCGAGUCUGCAGCUGUUGGUGGUUUGUCCCACUUGGUCAAUUUUCGCGGAACGGAUACCUUGGCCGCGUUGCUUGCAGCUCGAGAGUUCUACAAGUGUCCAAUGGCUGGGUUUAGCAUUCCUGCUACAGAACAUAGUCUCUAUGUGGAGUAA